AUGUCAAAAAUAGAAAAAGUGUUUAUUGAAGAAAGAAAAGUUGUUAAAGAUAAAGAUGAUAUUCUUAAAUUAGGUAAAAAAGAGUUAAAAGAAGUAUCUGAAAAAUUAAAAGACAAAGAAGGAGUUUUUCUCUUAGAAAAAGAUAGUAAUUCUCAAAGUAAAGAAGAAACACCUCUUUCUAUUCCUCAUGAAUCACCAAUACCAAAGGAUAUUAAUAAAAAUAAAAAUGUUUAUGAGUUUAAUGAAAAUGAGCAAAAAGCUUUUUCUCUUUCUGAUUUGAAACAAUUAAAACAAUUUUUUAUUCAAAAUGAGAUAAAAAAU